UAUUAAUAAAACCAAGAUAAUCUAUUUUGAUGAACACCUUGUCCCACUCUGCUCAAACCCAAAGGGAUCAUUGGUUUUGUAUUUUCCUUUCUUGCAGACCUUCAACAAACAUGGAGCCAAAGUGUGCAAUCAAGAAAGAUGCUACUGAACUAAUAGGUAAUACCCCAAUGGUAUAUCUGAAUAACAUAGUGGAGGGAUGCGUGGCCCGCAUUGCUGCUAAGUUAGAAUCCAUGCAACCCUGCUUCAGUAUCAAAGAUAGGACAGCAUUUAGCAUGAUCAAAGAUGCUGAGGAAAAAGGUCUCAUUAUCCCGGGAAAGAGUGUUGUGGUGGAGGCUACGAGUGGGAACACCGGCAUUGGAAUGGCAUUCGUGGCAAUUUUGAAGGGAUACAAGGUAAUAGUUGCAAUGCCAGCUUCGGUGAGUCUGGAGAGAAAAAUUGUGCUUCUAGCCUUCGGAGCUGAGGUGCAUCUCACAGACCCUGCCAAAGGAACCGAUGAAGUUCUUAGGAAGGCAGAGGAGAUAGUGAAUAACACCCCCGGCAGUUACAUGCUGCGCCAGAUUGAUAAUCCUGCCAAUCCAAAAGUUCACUAUGAGAGUACUGGGCCUGAGAUAUGGAGAGACUCUGGAGGGAAAGUUGAUGCUUUGGUUGCAGGGGUAGGAACAGGGGGCACAAUAACGGGUGCUGGCAGAUUUCUCAAGGAGAGGAACCCCAAUGUCAAGUUGUACGGUGUAGAACCAGUUGAAAGUGCAGUUCUUAGUGGAGGACCGCCAGGUGAUCACCUAAUCCAAGGGAUUGGUAAUGGUCUCAUUCCGAAUGUACUGGAUGUUAAUCUUCUAGACGAAGUCAUCCAGAUAUCAAGUGUAGAAGCAAUAGAAACUGCUAAGCUGCUUGCUUUAAAAGAAGGUUUGUUGAUGGGAAUUUCAUCAGGUGCCGCAGCAGCCGCUGCCAUAAAAGUGGGGAAGAGACCUGAAAAUGCCGGAAAACUCAUCGUUUUCGCCAGGUUGUUGGAUUCAGUCACCCUGUUUCUGGGGGUGGGGUUGGAUUCAGAAAUCCUCCUUCCCUUAGAGAGGGACAGAAAUGCAAGAUAAACACAAGAAAACGGAGCUGUGCAGACAAGGGACUGCGACUUAAAAGAUAAACACCGGAAAGAAAAAAAAAAGACUCUUCAAACAGCUAAAGAAAACCUCCAAAAUGGGGAAGCUCUGACUGACACCAUGUGGAACAUAAAGGUGGUAUUUCCCAGUUAUGGAGAGCGUUAUUUGUCAUCACCAUUGUUCGAAUCCAUUAGGCAUGAAGCUGAACAAAUGACAUUUCAUUAAGAUAAUCUCCUAAGUAAUUCUGCUCUCUGAAUUUUAUGGUAUCAGAGUAUUUUUGUUUUUUGUGUAAUGAUCCUCUGUUCAUGAGGAUCCACCACUUGUUUGACUUCAAUAAUGCAAAAGAAUUUUGCAAGAGAAGCUACCGAUGAUCCCUUAUUCAGAACUAUUAGAAAUCUUCAUUUAUUUAACUUUGAACGCAUCUAAAAGGAAUAGAAAAUUAACAAAU